AUGAAAUCUCUUUUUGCAAUAAUUAAGACGAGAGACGAGGAUCGCAAAAUACUGUAUGCAAGUGAAGAGUAAUUCAAUUUGGAUUAAGUGUUUAAUAUAAGAGAUGGAGAGAAUUCCGACAUUGUUACAUAUCGAGAUAAAAUUACAUAAUUCUUUUAGCAAUUUCAAUAUUGUAACUCCAUAUUCAAUUUAGAAUAGUUGGACUCAUUCAAAAAAGCAAUUUUCUUGGUUAUUCAACCAACUUCAUCAUCGAUUUCUUUUCACAGGAACGAAAAGCUUAAUGUCAUGAAUUAAUGAUCGAAGAUUUGAUAUUUUAUAUCCAGGCCAUCAAGGAGCCUGUGUCAAUCACUCUAGUAUUGGUGAUCUAGAAGGAGAGUUAGUACAACUCUUAAUACGCCUCCUAUUGUUUAACCUUUAUAAAGAAGUGCUUAUAAAAAAUAGAGAAGGAGUCAAAGGCAUUAACUAGAAUGUCGAAUCUUAUCAUUCAAAAUGUAAUAAGGGUUAUAACAUUAGAUAAGUCAAUUUGAGAAGGAAAUUAAUUCACAGAUUCCAGAAUAUGAGAAACAGAAAUGCAAAUCUAUUUAGGUGAGGGAUAAUGUGACUAAUAUUGCUCGAAAAUACUUGGAUUCAUGCGAGUUAAGAAGAAAUUUGAAUCAGUUUUGCCAGGCUUUUGUAAAUAGAAAAAUGAUUAAUUUCUUUCAAGUACAAAUCAACACAAUAUUUAGAUACAAAUGACACCCCCUCAAUAAGAUUUAAUGUUGAAUCCCAUAGCCAUAGUUAUAAAACCCUAUCAAACCUUGUUGGUUGCUAAUUUUAUUGGAAAGGAUGAUAACACUUACAUUUCAUAAAGGUUCUUGACCUUCAUUCAGAAGAUGUAACCCACCAAAUCAUUUCAAGAAAUGUCCAAUUUGUACUAUUUUUCAAUGACUGAGAUUCAGGUCUACGUCAAUCAUAUUAUGAUGAACAAUCAAAAUCAAAUGAGUUUGCUUCUCAAUAAAUUAACAGAUGAUUCCUAUUUUACAAUUGCAUGCACUUAAACUCAUAAAAAAUUGGCUGAGAAAAUUCCAUUAAAACAAUAUGUUUCAUACAUCAAAUGCCCAAUGAGUUCUCAAUAAUUAAGAUAAGACAGAAUAGAGAAAAUAGAGAGUCAGUUCUGUAAUAUAAUUGGUUUUAGAUUGAUUCGUGAAUGUCAGGUUUAUUUAUAUCAAAAGGACCCCACUUUGACUUAGAAGAAAGUGGAGGAUGAAAUUAAUAAAAUUGCUGCUGAAUUGACAAAGAGCAAAGAUAAAUAAGGAGAAAAAGAAAAGAAAUUCACUUAACUGAUUCGAUUUUAUUAAUCACUUCUUAAAUUUUUGGGAAAACCAUACACGGUGUAAGAAAUAGCGUAUUAAAAGAACAUGGAUAUCAGUAGACUUUGGGCACAUAUCCAUUGGCUUAAAUCUUUAGUGGGAUUUUAUUGCUUAUGA